AUGCUGUUCAAUCUCCGCACCGCCGCUGCAGCGGCUCUUGCCUUCAUGGCUGUCCCAUCUUUCGCUACCAACGCUGGCGAUAUCGUCGGGUCGAUCCAUGCCCUGACUGCCAAGGCGAAGGCCCUGCACGACACUUGUUCGUCCGUUUACUCCGGACCCCAGGGAGGCUAUGCCAUCGACGACAAGUUCACUGAAGUUGUGGUCGAGGCCAAGGCCUGCUUCGAGAUCGUGAAGACGGCUCAUGGCUAUUCCGCCGUCUACACCGAGGAAGAGUCCAUCAAAAUUACCGAGGCCUGGAAUGACUGUCUCGGUGAGCACGAGAAGGUCGUCGUCUUCCUCAAGGAGAGCACCACCGUCUUCGAGAAAAGCGCCAAGGUCAUCGUCGACUUCAGCCAGCAGCUUGUGGAGAUCUUUGGCCAUAUCACGGAUACCCUUCAGGACAUCUGCCCCCCGCAGAAGCCGCAUAUCCAGGAGCUGUGGCCGCCUGUCCAGAACAACUUCCAGACUUGCAUCAGUGAGUAUGGCGGUAAGGGCGGCUGGCGUGCGAAGAGGGCCUUUGUUGCCUAA